AUGGGUCAAACAGCCUCAAAACCCCAACCAGGGUCGUCAAUUCAAGUUAUCGGGGCAGGUUUACCACGCACAGGGACCUCAUCAUUCAGCCUAGCGAUAGAAAUCCUCCUCAACGGUCCAGUGUACCACUGCGGGACGCAAAUAUCGCGCGGCCCACCCACAGAGAUUAAAUCAUGGAUGCCAAUCCUGCAAAGAUGGUUUAAAAAAGAUGCGGACUCUCGCUCAACGAUGCUCUCCCUCCUGCACCGCCGAUUGGCCGGCUACGUCGCCAUCACCGACUCUCCAGGCUGCGAGUUCGUCCCGGAACUCAUGGAACUUUACCCAGACGCCAAGGUCAUUUGCACGACGCGCGAUCCCGUCUCUUGGGAGACGAGCAUGUAUCACGUGCAGACGCUGACGGGCGUUUGGUUUGCCCGGGCUGUUUUGCUGCCUUUGGAAGGCAUGAGGCAUUUCAUUCCGUAUGGGUAUCUGCUUGCUGCGCAGUGGGAGACCAUAUAUGGGAGGGUGAUGGGUAUGCAUGGGCGAGAGACAUAUGCCAGACAUAUCGAGUGGUUGAAGGAAGUUGUACCGGAGGAUAGAUUGGUAUUCUUCGAUGUGAAGGAUGGAUGGGGGCCGCUGUGUGAGGCUCUGGGGAUGGAGCCUCCGGUAGAUGUGCCGUUUCCCCGUGUGAAUGACUCCGAGGCCAUUGAGCGCACUAUCCAGUAUCACCUUCGGAGGGGCCUCACGCGUUGGGCUUUCAUUUUUGCCAUCAUCGGGACUGGGAUUGCGGCUUUCCGCAUGUGGAAGUGA